GCGAGGAAGGUGGAGAGUGGAAAAAACCUGUUGGCGAUUCUGAAGAUCGCGAUCAAUGGAAGGAAAAUGGGUUAAGGUAUUUCUGUUUCAAGAGUCGGAUCGGCAGCUCAAAUUAAAGCCAUGAAACAAGUAGCUGGCAAAUCAAAAUUGGAACUAGCUCAAUUUGCAGAAUUAGAAGCCUUUGCACAAUUUGCUUCUGAUCUAGAUAAAGCUACUCAGAAUCAAUUGGCAAGAGGUCAACGAUUACGUGAGUUGCUCAAACAAUCCCAAUCAGACCCUCUCGCGGUAGAAGACCAGAUAGCUACUAUUUAUACCGGAACAAAUGGAUAUCUUGAUGCGUUAGAAAUUGGACAGCUAGAGCAGAAGGGAGAGUCACCGGGCGCAAGAAGCUCCCAUGCCGUUGCUGUAGUUAGAAACAAAGCAUAUGUCUUCGGGGGCGAGAUCACACCUCGCGUCCCCGUCGAUAACAAGCUGCACGUAUUCGACCUCGGCCAGCAUGUCUGGUCCAGCCCCGAGGUUUCUGGCGACAUCCCUUUGCCUCGAGUGGGCGUCACUAUGACUGCUGUUGGCAACAUCAUCUAUGUCUUUGGCGGCCGUGAUGCAGAUCACAAGGAGCUCAAUGAGCUCCUCUCAUUCGACACCCGCACGAACCAAUGGUCGUUGCUGUCCUCGAACGAAAUGGGUCCUCCCCACCGCAGCUACCAUUCGAUGACCGCCGACAACCGCCGCAUUUACAUAUUCGGCGGAUGUGGAAAUGCCGGCCGGCUUAAUGAUCUAUGGGCAUAUGACACCGAGGGUCAUGAAUGGAUACAAUUCCCAUCACCAGGGGAGAGGUGUCGGCCUCGAGGGGGUCCGGGGCUGGCCGUGUCUUCAGGGAAGGUGUGGGUUGUGUAUGGAUUCUCAGGCGAAGAGCUUGAUGAUGUGCACUCAUUCGAUCUCACGAACAAAGAAUGGUCGACAAUCGAAACUAGGGGCGACGAAAAACCGAGCCCAAGGAGUGUGUUUUCGACCGUUAGUAUUGGGAAGUACGUUUUCAUUCAUGGGGGAGAGAUUGAUCCCAGUGACUUGGGGCAUCUUGGUGCCGGGAAGUUUGCCGGAGAGGUAUAUGUACUUGACACCGAGACUUGUGCUUGGAUUAGGGUUUGUGAUGGCGGCGAAAGUCCAGGUCGGCGAGGCUGGUGUGCCUUCUCCGCCACAGAGAUUGGAGGGGAGAAAGGACUGUUGGUUUAUGGAGGUAACUCUCCUACAAAUGAUAGGCUUCAUGACAUGUUCUUCUUUGUUCCCAGGCUUUAGACAAUUGUGUUUUUGCUUGUUUUCUUAUGAUGUUUGGUGUUAAGGGGUCAUAAUGCCAGCCACUUGUUGUAUAAAUCCUUUUCGCUGUGUAUAUUUAUAUUGCUUUUAUUGAAUGCUGGAUUGGCUACAGAUAUUCUAUUACUGUUAUUUUUGUACUCCUGAACUGAUCAGAACU